GGGAGUGUGUGCUGCCUACAAUUAUCUGCAAUGGAGUGUGUUAAUGGAAGGCUUGGAUUAGCUUGCUGGAAGAGCAUGUAAAGGGCUUUUUCACUUAAAAAACUGCAAAACCAAAAGCACAAGCAAUUUCUGAACAAUAAAAGAUUUCAUGUAUGAUUGAUACCUGCUUGGCUGGAUUAAGGCUUUUAUGUUUUCAUGGAGAUCAGCCUCUCUUGAAACACAGGGAACUUUACAUAGUGGUAGUGGUGAUUUGUAUCAUCGUGGCAGCCUCUUCUCAAGGUGCUGUGGCUACACAGAUUGCAGUGAUUGUAAUAUAGCCCACAUUGGUAGCAGUGCAUAUUGUAAGAUCUUCACAAAUCCACACUGCUCAGCAAACAGCACAGUGAGGUUAUGCGAGUCAAACAUCUGCAAUGAAGUGGCUCAGGAAAUAAAUGGAAAAGUGCCAGUCAAGCACUCCCCACGGCCAUCUUCAAAUCCAAAGCCACAAGUGCCUCCAAAACCAUUGCAUCUGCAGAAUUCACAGUCAUCCAUUGCCCAGCAAACCCCUAGACAUAAAUCUUUACAUACUGCGAAGCCAAGAAUGGAGGAAGUUACAUCUACCUCUUCUUGUGUAUCAAAAGAAAAAACUAGCAAAGUGUCUCAUCUCAUCAGUCAUUUUGAAGGAGGCAGCUUGCCCAUUCCUAGUGAGCUGAAGAGAGAAUCCUGUGUUCCAAAUGUUGCUAAAUCUCAAGGAAAGCAUGGGUCAGCGCCAUCACCACAGCCAAAAUUCCUCACCCAGCACCCUCUACAAAAGCAGGGAAAUAGUACAGAUCAAUCUCAGGAUGUACAGAAUCACACCGCCAAUGGAUUAGUAACACAGGACCAGUUGGACUGUAGGGACAGCACGUUGUCAAUUCAUAAUGCUACUUGGCCUAUUCAAAAUGACAGUGCUUCAUUUAACAGUGGUUUGGUAAAUGGAGAAAGAAAGAGCACUAGCACAGAUUCAUUGCAAACUAUGAUGGCCUGCAAAGGACAAGCAGUCAGUAGCUGCUGCCGGACUCCAAGUGUGAAUACGUUUUCAGCUGGAAAAGAAACUAUAGAAAUAACUACAAAUACAGAGGAUAAGCAGGUUGAAGAGCACAAUAAGCCAGAUCCAAGUAUGGAGACAAAGGAGACGGAUGAACAGAAAUGUUAUAAAAUUGCCAGUGAGCUUUUGCAAACAGAAAGAGCAUAUGUCAGCAGACUUGCUCUCUUGGAUCAGGUAUUUUAUAAUAAACUUAUGGAAGAAGCUAGUCGGGGUUCAUUUCCUGCUGAAGUUGUUAAUAAGAUCUUUUCAAAUAUUUCAUCCAUAAAUCAGUUUCAUAGUCAAUUCUUGCUGCCAGAGCUUGAGAAAAGGAUGCAGGAAUGGGACACAAACCCCAGGAUCAGCGAUAUCUUGCAGAAAUUAGCCCCAUUCCUCAAGAUGUAUGGAGAGUAUGUGAAGAAUUUUGACAAUGCAAUGGAACUAGUGAAAACAUGGACCGAACGAUCACCUCUCUUCAAAUCCAUUAUUCACGAUAUCCAGAAACAGAAAAUUUGUGGAAACUUGACCUUGCAACACCACAUGCUAGAACCUGUACAACGCAUUCCCCGGUAUGAGAUGCUUCUGAAGGACUACCUAAGAAAAUUGCCUCAGGACUCUGUAGACUGGAAGGAUGCCGAAAAAUCCUUAGAAAUAAUAUCCACAGCAGCAAGUCAUUCCAAUAGUGCCAUCCGAAAAAUGGAAAAUUUGAAGAAGUUGUUGGAGGUUUAUGAAAUGUUAGGAGAAGAAGAAGAUAUUGUGAAUCCUUCAAAUGAGCUUAUAAAAGAAGGACAGAUACUUAAACUUGCUGCUCGUAAUACAUCUGCUCAAGAACGAUACCUUUUUUUAUUCAACAACAUGCUGCUGUACUGUGUCCCCAAGUUCAGCUUAGUGGGAUCUAAGUUCACUGUUCGGACAAGAGUUGGCAUUGAUGGUAUGAAAAUUGUGGAAACACACAAUGAAGAAUACCCACAUACAUUCCAAGUGUCUGGGAAGGAGAGAACUUUGGAAUUGCAGGCCAGUUCUGAACAAGACAAAGAAGAAUGGAUAAAGGCUCUCCAAAAUACUAUAGAUGCUUUUCAACAGAGAAACGAAACAUUCCGAAAUGCUAUUGCAAAAGAAUUUGAUGACACACCCAUUGAAGUUUCUACAGCUGAACUUGGGAAGAGAGCACCAAGAUGGAUUCGAGACAAUGAAGUGACCAUGUGCAUGAAAUGCAAAGAGCCCUUCAAUGCACUGACAAGGAGGAGGCAUCAUUGCCGAGCAUGUGGGCAUGUGGUUUGCUGGAAGUGUUCUGAUUAUAAAGCUCAUCUUGAAUAUGAUAGCAAUAAAUUGAACAAAGUUUGUAAAGACUGCUACCACAUUAUAACAGGGUGCACAGAUAGUGAAGAAAAGAAAAAGAGAGGAAUCUUGGAGAUUGAAUCAGCAGAAGUAUCUGGAAACAGUGUAAUAUGUAGUUUUCUCCAAUAUUUGGAAAAGUCCAAAACAUGGCAAAAGGCUUGGUGUGUGAUUCCUAAGCAGGAAGCCCUUGUACUGUAUAUGUAUGGUGCACCACAGGAUGUAAAAGCACUGGCCACUAUUCCGUUGUUGGGCUACACAGUGGAUGACACUCCAAGAAGUGCUGACCUUCCACACAGUUUCAAGUUGACUCAGUCUAAGUCUGUGCACAGCUUUGCUGCAGACAAUGAGGACCUGAAGCAGAAGUGGUUGAAAGUCAUCCAUUUGGCUGUCAAAGGUGAAACACCAGACUGCCCAAAUGAUCUGCAGAUGAAUUUGGAGGAUCAGCAUGACAGUUCUGCAAAAUCAGAAUGUGAAGCUUGAUAAGUCUGUAGGAUAUAGUUUUUCCCCAGUCAAACUCGAGUUGACACUACUUUUGAAAACAACAAAAAGCCAGCUUUUCUAACUCUACCAUUUUCCAUAGCACUUUAUGUUGGAAAAGAAAAACAUGUUCAUCUUUUUAAAGAGAACUUUUUCUUAUAUUUAUGUUAUGUCAAUAAAAGUAACAUACAGAGCCAUUCUAUACUUCCUUUUUAUUACAUGAAUGUCUUUAUCAAAAAGUUACCAGUGUUCCUGUACUAUACCACUUUCUGAGAAAAUCUCAUUAUAUGACAUCAAUGCUGUUGGGGAAGAAAUGGAGGUUUUCAUAAUGUUCUUAGUAUUGGUAUAUCUUGGUUUCUUCUAGGAUUCAUAGCUGUGUGUUUAAAAGAUAUACCUCCUAUUGCCAAAAUAAAUGUUUAGUAGAAUGUAAGGACAGGUUGGUUUAUUGAAUACAAAUACUGCGAAUAUUUAUACUGACUUAUACAUAGAUUCUUUCAGCUUGUGUUUGAGGUCAGAACAUUGUUCAGAAUGUCUAACAUUUGAAAUUACCUAUUUAAGAAAAUGUUCUUUUCUGUUUUAAAACACAUUAGAUAGCAAAUACAGCAAGUUGUAGGGUAUGCAAUUAGAAGGAAAAUGUACUAUACUUAAUUUGGAUAUUUUUUUAUUUCAUAUUGUUCACGACAGCUUAUGAUUUAUUUUAAAAUUAAGCAUGCAUCCUCUUAAAAAUUUAACAGGGGAUUCUAAAUUAAAAACAGCUAAUGACUUGAUUAUAUCUAAUAGUACUGAUAUUUUUAUACAGUAAUAUAGAGCUUUAAAAAGUAGAAGUAAUUCAAAUGGCAUGUAAUGGGUAUGUCAGUUCUAGCUGUGUUUGGAAAAGCGUAAUAAUUCCUCUUCUUAAUCUCAUGCCUGUUACCUUGGAAGGUGGUGCUACCUUUUUAAUAUUACAAGUGCUUCACUAAUUAAUAACUUGGUCUUAAAUGAUCAGUUAUGAUCAUGUAUUUUGCCUUUAUAGAUGGUCACUAGCACCCAGACCUUAACAUUGUGCUUCAUUUCAAAUAUCACAAACAAAUCAUUUUAAGUUUAAUUAUAUAAUAUCUGAAUAGACUAAACUAUGGUUUGCAGUUGGUUAGCAAAUACACAGUCAAACCAUGCUUUCUGAAUAGUUAGACAUGGUGUCUCAAAAUGACAAUUCAUGUUAAAAACCAUUGCUCUUUCUCCAGAAACCAUUACAUUGACUGAAAUCCUAUUGCUUAGUGCACUAAGUUGCAACUAGAGUAGGCCCAU